CCCAAGAAACCUCUGAAGUAGUUAGAAGGAUAGUGGAUAGAGUACCUCUGAGAUUAGAACUGUGAAUUGAAACAUUGGGAUACAUAGCCACCCUCUCCUAGCAAUUGGAAACAAGGUCCAAGAUUAGGGGAUUAACCAAACAGCAGGAGUGAUGAGAUUGAUAAAAAUAUAGAAUUUUCUUUGUCAUCCCCAAGAAUCCUGUCUACGAAACAGCUUUGAUAAAUACUCUUUAUUUUUUUACUCUUAUCUCGUAUGGAUCCAAAAUAGCCAUUCUCUCAAAGCUAGAAAUCUCCUAAUUUUUAAUAGGGGUUUGGUUGGUUUUCUAUGUUGGGGAGAGUGAGUAAAGUGGUCAUAGGCAUGGCUGCUCAGAUCAGUAAGCUCCAGUACUUGAAAGCUUUGGUCCUAUUCAUUUGGCUAUUUGUCCCCACAUUUAGUCAGACCUUUUUAAGCUGUGAGAACUCUUCUCCAGAUGCUUCUGGCUAUCAUUGCAAUAGAAAUUCAGUAGAAAAGUGUGGGACUUUUGCAAUUCUCAGAACAAACUCAUACUUCUCUUCUCUUUUCAACCUCAGCUUCUACUUGGGAAUCGAUCGGCUUGCCAUUGCCGAAGCAAAUGGGUUUUCUGCACGCACUGAGUUUCUUCCAAAGGAUCAGCCUUUGCUGAUACCUAUUGAUUGCAAAUGCAACGGAGGGCUGUUUCAAGCUGAAUUGACCAAAACCACAACCAAAGGGGAGAGCUUUGAUGGCAUUGCUGAAUCAUUGGAGGGUUUGACAACCUGCAAAGCGAUCCAAGAAAAGAACCCGGGAAUCUCACCUCGGAAUCUUGAUGAUAAAGUCAGGCUGCUAAUCCCAUUGAGAUGUGCCUGUCCUUCAUCUGAAGCUGCUUCACCAUCAAAACUCCUGCUGAGUUAUCCAGUAAAUCAAGGUGAUACAAUUUGCAACUUAGCUGUUAAUUUCAAUACCACAAGAGAAGCUAUUAUCUCUGCAAAUAACAGAUCAUUAGCACCCUUCAUCCCUGAAAACUUAGUUCCUCUUACAUCUAUCUUGAUUCCACUCAAUGGGAAGCCUAUAAUUGGAUCCUUAGCAAAACCCCAUGAACCAAAUUUGCGUUUCCCAGGAACAAGUAUCCCAGUAAUUGGUCCACCCAAGAAAAAAUCCAAUAUGUGGAAGAUUGCAUUGUAUAUUGCUCUAAGUGGAAUCUUAGUUGGUGUUAGUAUUGCAGUUGCGGCAGCUUUUUUGCUGAUCCAAUUGAAGAAGAGGAAACAGACUAGUUGUUCGAUAAGCAAAGGACAAGAUCUUGAGCUUCAACAGCUGAGUCAGAGUGUAAGAACUACAAGUGAGAAGAAAGUCUCAUUUGAUGGGUCUCAUCAGGAGGCUCUAGACAAUCAAAUCAGCAGCAACAUCAAAGCGCAUCAUAAGGCUCUUUUGGAGACUUACACCAUUGAAGAACUAAGAAAAGCAACAGAGAAUUUCCAUUCCAGCAACCACAUUGGAGGUUCUGUCUACAAUGGCCGUCUAAAUGGGAAGAACCUGGCAGUAAAGCGCAUACAACCAGAAAUCAUUCCGAAGAUUGAUUUCGGAUUCUUCAUCGAUGCAAUCCAUCACCAUCCCAACAUACUCAGAUUGUUGGGAACAUGCUUAAACGAGGGGUCUGAUUCAUUCCUGGUCUUCGAGUACGCCAGAAAUGGUUCGUUAAAAGAUUGGCUCCAUGGAGGAUUGGCAAUCAAAAACCAAUUCAUUGCCUCCUGCUAUUGCUUCUUGACAUGGAGCCAAAGGUUGAAGAUCUGUCUUGAUGUUGCCAUGGCUUUGCAGUAUAUGCACCAGGUAAUGGAUCCCGUUUACGUUCAUCGAAACGUGAAGACCCGGAACAUCUUCUUAGACGAAGAAUUCAAUGCAAAGCUUGGGAAUUUUGGCAUGGCAAGGUGUGCAGAAAAUGAUACUGCUGAGGACCCAAAUCUCUAUUCCACCAACCCUGCUUCUUGGAGUCUAGGCUAUUUGGCUCCUGAAUAUAUUCACCAAGGCAUUAUUUCACCAAGCCUAGACAUAUUUGCUUAUGGGGUGGUUUUACUAGAGGUAUUAUCAGGGCAAACACCGAUUUCCAGACCAAAUGAGAAAGGAGGUGGAAGUAUUUGGCUGGCAGAGAAAAUCAAGCCCAUUUUGGAGUCAGAAAAUGGUGGUCAAGAAUUGAGAGAUUGGAUGGAUAAUGCAUUGGGAGAGAAUUACAGUUUUGAUGCAGCUCUUUCAAUGGCUAAUCUUGCUAGAGUUUGCAUUGAAGAAGAGCCUUCUCUGAGACCAAGUGUGGAAGAAAUUAUAGAGAAAAUAUCAAGAUUGAUCAAUGAAGAUUCACAAGAUCAGGGAGAGCAUAAUUUGAUGACAGAGAGCUCUUCAAAACCUUUAGUCAAGGCAGCUGCAACCACUGUUCAUGGAUCCAGGGACACACUUUAGAAUCAUUAUUUUUUGAAGAAUUUUUAAGUUUUUAUUUUUGUUGUAUGCUUUUUUUGGGGGCGGUGGGGUUCUUGUAAAUAUGUAAUUAAGAAUUGAUUACUAAAAAGGGCAGGUUUCGCAAACUCUGUAUUCUCUCUGUUUUUCUGGAAUAAUUACCCGUUUGCUUACUCUUUCUUUUGAGACUUUUUUGUUACUUAAUCUAAAGAGAGUAGCUAUUAGCAACACAUUAAUGCUUGUUCGGUCUUGCAUUUUUUUGUUGACGUUAAAAUUGAAGUAUACACAUUGUUUGGACGAUAUAAGUCAAUGAAGUACAUGAUAGAUACAUCUAUUAAAGUAAUGUACCAGAUACUAAAUAACAAAUAUAUAUUGUUUGUAAAAGUCUGUGGGAAACUUCAUUGGAGCUACGUGGCAAAAAUGCAUUGGAAUCUAAAGUGUGGAAUACUGUGCAGUUCUAAAUUAAAAUGAUAUUGAUUAAGCCAGGAUUUGAACUUUAUUCAUGGAAUAAUCAUUACAGUAUGACAAUGUAGCUAGCUAUCGGUUUGAAUGUUGCUUGCAAUGUCUAAUUUAUUCUUGAGUACUGUUGACUAAAGUGAUGCCUAAUACAGCACGUCGCAAAAAAUAAAUAAAAUAAAGAAUUGUGAUCUCCAAAUUUAUUGGACUCUAUACUUCGUUUGAUUUGUGUAAGACUUAAUAAGAAUUUGAGAUUUUCUUUUUUUUUCUUUUUUUUGAAACAGUGUAAUUUUUAGAUGUUUGUAUAUAUUUUUUUGUAAUUAAAAAAUAUGGAUCCAUAAGGAAUUUAAUAAUCAAUAAAGGCAAAAAUCUAGAAUAAACUCGUUCCUUUGAAAGAUCCAUCAUUAUUAGAUGCAAUUAGUAUUAUAUGUUUUGUUCAUUAUGACAGUCUCCAUAGUU